GUUUAGAAGGGGAGUUUUCGUGUGAUGCACAGUCGUGUGGAGCAACAUGUUGGGCUACAGGUAUUUCAUCGUACAAGACUUUUGACAACAAGUAUUACGAAUUCAUGGGCGACUGCGAAUACUACUUUCUUAAAGACUGUAACGUCAAUCCAGGAGAUUUUGAGAUACGUAUACAAAACAAGCAUUGUCACCCUACGAUAAACGGUUUUGAGAGCGACUGUACAAAAACCGUUAUAAUACUGAAAGGUGGAAACCAAAUCAUGUUAUCUCUAGGGCCAGUGGCUUACGUCAACAACUUCAAUGUACUAUACUACCCGCAUGAAUUGCCUGGUAUAUUUAUUGAAAAUCUUGGUGAUACAUUGAUUAAGGUGACUUUGAGUGACGGCAUAACGCUGUUGUAUGAUGGCUAUACCAGAAUCGAAGUUCACGUUGAACCGGCUUUAAAGGGAAAAACCUGUGGAUUAUGCGGAACUUUUACAAAUACGGUCCAAGACGAUUUCUUAACGCCUUUAGGAAAUGUGGAAAACGACGUAUACAAUUUUGUUGACAAGAUUAAAGUUGUCGCUGGAUGCUCCAAUAAUCAUGAUAUACAACUGGACCCGUGUAAUUAUCAAGAGAGUUAUAAACCAGCAGCAGAGACACAGUGUAGUGAAUUACGGAACACCAAUGGUGUCUUGAGCGAAUGUUUUGCAUACCUGGACCAGGCGCCAUACUACCACUCUUGCAUGCAGGAUAUAUGCACUGAUCCCACUCAGUCAGAAGGGCAUUGCAACAUGAUAACUCAGUAUGUUUCUGAUUGCGCCAAGAAAGGAAUUUAUCUUGACGACUGGCAUGGUUCUGUGUCUGGUUGUAACAACACAUGUCCAGACGGUCUCGUUUACAAAGUUUGCGCCAAUUCGUGUGAGAUUUUCUGUUAUCCACGACCCCAAGACAACAGUUGUAAUGACAUAUGCACUGCCGGUUGUUUCUGCCCAAAUGGCAAGGUGUUUGAUCACAACGGUAACUGCGUGAAUAAGCAGAAUUGCCACUGUCUGGCAGACAGUCGGUACUACUCUGCCGGAUAUAUGUUGGACACAGGAUGUAGUGAAUGUUUGUGCGUAAACGGUAGCUUUGUAUGUGGAGAGCAGACCUGCUCAUGUGGUGAAAAUGCGGUUUACACCACCUGCUAUGAUGGAGACAUCUGCCGGAAGACAUGCUCAAACCAGUACUUUGAAAAAAUUUGUUCAGAAAAGAACUGUCUUCCAGGGUGUGAAUGCAAAGACGGAUAUGUUUUUGACGAGAAUCAUUCAAAGUGUGUGCUACCUACUAACUGCCCGUGCAUGAAUGCUGGAGUAGCAUACGAUAAUGGUGAAACAAACCAAAUUGGAUGCAGAUUAUGCAAUUGCAGCGAAGGAUUUUGGGAAUGUGAGGAUGGAACAUGUAAAGGUACAUGUAUCACUUGGGGAGAUGGUCAUUAUGAAACGUUUGAUGGAAAACAGUACAACUUUCCAGGAAAUUGUAAAUAUGACCUAGUGAAAUCUAAAGAUCCAAGGUUCACCAUCACUAUCCAAAAUGUAGAGUGUGGUUCAACGGGUGUAACGUGUGCAAAGGAGAUUACUUUAACAGAAGAUACUGGAGAUAAAAAAGCAAGUUACACACUAAUCCGUGGCAAUGAAGUGUUGCAACCGACUGGUAUGUCCGGGGAUUAUUGGACAGUUAUAGACUUAGAGUUCAACGUUUUAGUGUACUCAAACAGAUUAAACUACACUUUGUUGUGGAAUAAGGGGACGUGGAUUGAAGUUACUGUUGAACCAGAAAUGGUGAAUAAGUUAACUGGACUGUGUGGUUAUUACGAUGGCCUGGAGAGCAAUGACUUUCAAAUGCGCAGCGGAAUGCAGGCGACGUCAACGUACGCAUUUGGAAACAGUUGGAAAGCUUUCCAGUAUUGCCCCGAUGCAGAGGAACCAGUGGAUGCUUGUGCAGAAUACCCAAAACGGAAAUUCUGGGCAGAAAAUAAGUGCCAAAUACUACAAGGAGAAGUGUUCAAAUCAUGUCAUAGUCGUGUGCCUGUCAAGCCUUAUUAUACAUCAUGUGUGGCUGACACCUGUGCAUGCAGCUACGGUGGAGACUGUGAGUGCCUAUGUACUGCCGUAUCAGCAUACGCCCAACAGUGCAGGGAAUAUGGUAUAAUUAUUUCUUGGCGAUCACCUCAUUUUUGUCCUAUGCAAUGUGAUGAAGCAUGUGAACAUUAUAGCCCUUGUAUUGAGCUGUGCUAUGAUGUUACUUGCGUUGAGGGAUGUUGCAGUAUAGAUGAUAUUGAUCCAGAAACUGGGAGAUGUACUGAAAAACCGGAUUGUGUUACAACUACCACUGCAGCCUUAACAACGUUAGCUCCAGCAAGUACGACCAUUGCAGGGGCAACUACACAAGCUCCAGCUAUAACGACCACUGCAGGGACAACUACACAAGCUCCAUUUAUAACGACCACUGCAGGUAUAACAACAUCAGCUAUAGCAAGUACAACCGUUGUAGGGACAACCAAGCAAGCUCCAACAACAACUACGGCUGCAGGUUUGACAACAGCACCUCCAACAAGUACGACCGUUGGAGAGGUAACUACUCACGCUCCCGAAAAAACUACCAUUUCAGGCUUAACAUCAGCUCCGGGAAGUACGACCGUUGUUGGGGGAACUACAGAAGCUCCUGCAAUAACUACCGCUGAAGGUUUAACACCAUCAGGUCCUGCAAGUACCACAGUUGUAGAGGCAACCACACAAGCUGCCAUAAUAACUACCGCUGCAGGCCUGACAACCUCAGUUCCUUCAAGUACGACCAUUGGAGGGGUAACUACAAACGCUGCUGAAAAAACUACUGUUGAGGUGUUAACGUCAGCUCCUGGAAGUACGACCGUUGUUGGGGAAACUACACAAGCUGCCUCAAUAACUACCGCUGCAGGCUUAACAACAUCAGCUCCAGGAAGUACGACUGUUGUUGGGGCAACUACAGAAGCUCCUGCAAUAACUACCGCUGAAGGUUUAAAACCAUCAGGUCCCGCAAGUACAACCGUUGUUGGGGCAACUACAAAAGCUCCUGCAAUAACUACCGCUGCAGGUUUAACAACAUCAGCUUCAGGAAGUAAGACUGUUGUUGGGGCUACUACAGAAGCUCCUGUAAUAACUACCGCUGAAGGUUUAAAACCAUCAGGUCCCGCAAGUACACCCGUUGUAGGGACAACAACACAAGCUUCCGGAGUAACUACCGCUGCAGGUCUAACAACUUCAGCUCCAGCAAGUACGACCGUUGGAGGGAUAACUACACACGCUGCCGAAAAAACUACCAUUCCGGGCUUAACAACAUCAGCUCCAGGAAGUACGACUGUUGUUGGGGCAACUACAGGAGCUGCUGCAAUAACUACCACUGAAGGUUCCAGAACGUCAGCUCCUACAAGUACGACUGUUGGAGGGGCAACUACACAUGCUGCCACAAUAACUACCGCUGCAGGCUUAACAACAUCAGCUCCAGGAAGUACGACUGUUGUUAGGGCAACUACAGAAGCUCCUGCAAUAACUACCGCUGAAGGUUUAAAACCAUCAGGUCCCGCAAGUACAACCGUUGUUGAAGCAACUACAAAAGCUCCUGCAAUAACUACCGCUGCAGGCUUAACAACAUCAGCUUCAGGAAGUACGACUGUUGUUGGGGCUACUACAGAAGCUCCUGUAAUAACUACCGCUGAAGGUUUAAAACCAUCAGGUCCCGCAAGUACACCCGUUGUAGGGACAACAACACAAGCUGCCGGAGUAACUACCGCUGCAGGCCUAACAACUUCAGCUCCAGCAAGUACGACCGUUGGAGGGAUUACUACACACGCUGCCGAAAAAACUACCAUUCUGGGCUUAACAACAUCAGCUCCUGGAAGUACGACUGUUGUUGGGGCAACUACAGGAGCUGCUGCAAUAACUACCACUGAAGGUUCCAGAACGUCAGCUCUUACAAGUACGAUUGUUGGAGGGGUAACUACACAUGCUGCCAAAAAAACUACCGUUCCGGGCUUAACGUCAGCUCCAGGAAGUACGACUGUUGUAGGUUCAACCACACAUGCUGCCUCAAUAACUACCGCUGCAGGCUUAACAACAUCAGCUCCAGGAAGUACGACUGUUGUUGGGGCAACUACAGAAGCUCCUGCAAUAACUACCGCUGAAGGUUUAAAACCAUCAGGUCCCGCAAGUACAACCGUUGUUGGGGCAACUACAAAAACUUCUGCAAUAACUACCGCUGCAGGCUUAACAACAUCAGCUUCAGGAAGUACGACUGUUGUUGGGGCUACUACAGAAGCUCCUGUAAUAACUACCGCUGAAGGUUUAAAACCAUCAGGUCCCGCAAGUACACCCGUUGUAGGGACAACAACACAAGCUGCCGGAGUAACUACCGCUGCAGGCCUAACAACAUCAGCUCCAGGAAGUACGACUGUUGUUGGGGCAACUACAGGAGCUCCUGCAAUAACUACCACUGAAGGUUCCAGAACGUCAGCUCCUACAAGUACGACUGUUGGAGGGGCAACUACACAUGCUGCCAUAAUAACUACCGCUGCAGGCUUAGCAACAUCAGCUCCAGGAAGUACGACUGUUGUUGGGGCAACUACAGGAGCUCCUGCAAUAACUACCACUGAAGGUUCCAGAACGUCAGCUCCUACAAGUACGACUGUUGGAGGGGUAACUACACAUGCUGCCAAAAAAACUACCGUUCCAGGCUUAACGUCAGCUCCAGGAAAUACGACUGUUGUAGGUUCAACCACACAUGCUGCCUCAAUAACUACCGCUGCAGGCUUAACAACAUCAGCUCCAGGAAGUACGACUGUUGUUAGGGCAACUACAGAAGCUCCUGCAAUAACUACCGCUGAAGGUUUAAAACCAUCAGGUCCCGCAAGUACACCCGUUGUAGGGACAACAACACAAGCUGCCGGAGUAACUACCGCUGCAGGCCUAACAACUUCAGCUCCAGCAAGUACGACCGUUGGAGGGAUUACUACACACACUGCCGAAAAAACUACCAUUCCGGGCUUAACAACAUCAGCUCCAGGAAGUACGACUGUUGUUGGGGCAACUACAGGAGCUCCUGCAAUAACUACCACUGAAGGUUCCAGAACGUCAGCUCCUACAAGUACGACUGUUGGAGGGGCAACUACACAUGCUGCCACAAUAACUACCGCUGCAGGCUUAGCAACAUCAGCUCCAGGAAGUACGACUGUUGUUGGGGCAACUACAGGAGCUCCUGCAAUAACUACCAAUGAAGGUUCCAGAACGUCAGCUUCUACAAGUACGACUGUUGGAGGGGUAACUACACACGCUGCCGAAAAAACUACCGCUGCAGGCUUAACAUCAGCUCCUUUCGAAACUACGGUAGGGCCAACCACACAAGCUCCUGAAAUAACGACUGCAGAAAACACAACUUUAGUUUUUUCAACUACAUCGGCUUCUACAGAAGUAAUACCUACAACAUCUACAGAAAUGUGUAGCAAACAUCAACAAAUGAUAAUUCUCGAAAAAAAGCUAAUAAACGACACGCUUUGCACGUCAACUCAGGAGCUUGACUACUGUGCGGGUCAUUGUGAUUCAAUUACCUCUUUCGAGGUUGACACUAGAAAUAACAUUUUAAACUAUGUUACCAAGUGCGGAUGUUGUAUGCCAGUUGCACCAAAAACUAUAAACACUAAGUUUACUUUCUUCUGUGGCGAUGAUAAUGAAUAUGAUGUAACAUUCGAAAUUCAGACGUUUGACAGUUGUUCUUGUAGCGACAACGAUUAUUGUACACCCUGAAAUGAUAUGAAAACCAUACUCUACACAGAUUUUAGUGAUAUAGUAGUAUUUCCCAGGUUAUACCAAUUUUGAAUGAAUUAAUUUAAAUAAUUAUAACGUUUUUGGUGAAUGGGUAUUAAUUCCGAGUAUUAAACUGAUAGAAUUCUUUAAAGAAAUAUUCAAUGUAUUACUAAUUGGUCAUAAUAAUUAAUAAAUUGAAUUGAUAUAAAUAAUCAUAGGCCUAUAUAUCAUUAUAUAAUUUAUUUCGUCAAUAAAAAAUUAGAAUACAAUAAUUAACUAAAAUACAGAAGGAAAAACAAGCAUAUAAAACAAAAAAUUAAUUUAUAGAAACCCGACUGCAAUGAAGUUUAUUGUCAGGGAGGUUUCGGUGUUUCAUCUGACAUGUAAAAUAAAAUUUAAAGUUAGAAGUUGACUUGUGUCAAAUUUAGGCAUUAAAAAUUAAUUAUAAAUAUACUGUUAAAAGUUAUUGAAAGAUCAUUAGGCCUAGUAAAACAUUUAAAUUGAUGCAUAGGCCUACGUUUGUUUUUUUUUAGUUUACUCGUCUUAGUUCUUAAGCUUUGAUUUACUUGGUUUUGUUUUUCUUUGGACGCACCGUUACGUGCGAGUGCCACUGUUGUAAAAGUGUCGUUCCAAAUAAAGUAUGGUAAUAAUGAAUAUAUACUACUCAGAUUCCCCGUUACAUUAUUGUUUACUGUUAAGACAUUGUUAUUUUCCCUAUACAAGACUAUUGGGCACUAAACUUGUGUGAAUCUAAAAACAUCGCUGAAAAAUAUCAGCAAGAAAUCCCCCGUCCCCAUCCCUCAGGGAGAAAAUACACAAUUUGUCGGGGAGAAAAAAAAAAUUAUAGGCUUAUGUAUUGUUACCACUGUCAAUUUCAUCAUUAUAAUCAUUUACACAUCUGAAAGGUCAAAGGUCAGUGUCGAAGAAGUGAAGGUGUGAGUUUUUGUGGUGCUUGAAUAAUCGUGGUUAUUAAUUUUGAUUGAAGAGAUGGGGACGUGUAAGACAGUAGGUAUGUAGAAGGUUGCAGUUUCUGAGAAAGGGAGUAAACCCAUGAAAAAUGGUGAAUGACUUUAAAAUGACUUAGGACUUGUUAAAUAACGAUGUCUGAGAGAUGAUGAGUUAGUUGUCGAGAUGUAAUCGAUAGAAAAAGACAAUUCGUGGGACAACCUGUGUGGAGCAUGAUGGUGUUGGACUUUGAACAAAUUUUGCUUUGAACGUUUGUACUUUUAAACAACCUGAUUUGAACAAUUCAUUCUUUACUUUGGAUCUGAAGAUUUAAUGUGAGCGACGGCAGCUACACCAGAGCAAGUAUUGUCAUGUAUUG